AUCCCGACUGCCUCUCAAUGAUUUUGCUACCGGUGCUGAAUGUUUUGUUGAACUCAUCCACGCAAAACAUUAGGCAGUGAAAAGCGGCUGGACUCGGUGUCUUUUAGUACCACGUGUUGUUUGCCUUACUGCUGGUUUGGUUUAGUGCACCGACGGAGCUGACGUUCAUGGCGAAGAGACGCGCCGAGGACGCUCUGCUGCACGACUCUCCCUCCAAAAGAUGCUACCGCUCACUUUGCAGUGUUGACAUGCAGCUGGGAAGCAUGGCUCCGACCGGGGGUCUGAGUCAGCCGUCCCUGAUGGCUUUACUGGGCGGCCGCUCCAGAAAGAGACCGUACUACUUCGAGGACCCUGAGAAACAAGAAGAAGCGGCUCUUUAUCAUCGCAAGGCCACACACUGCGACACAAGGAAGCACGCGGCAAGUGUUUUGACGGUGCAGACUUCUGGAAAUUUCCAGGACCGUCGCAGCUCCAGCGCGCCCACGAGCUCCAAGAAACGCCCUCGAGAGGACUGCGCGGGUUCAGAGACUGUUAUUUCUAAUGAUAAAGCUGAUGAAGACACCAACGCUGAAGACUCCACUUACAACUCCUUCCAGUACUGGAGGGUCCCCUUACCCGAACUUGACCUUUCACUGCUAGAAGAUGCCAACGACCAUUCCCAAACAACAAAAGACAAGACUAAAGUCAAAGAUUCGUCUUCUGAUGCCAUGGAAACCUGAAGAUGAUAGAUAGGUGCAGCGAUCAGCAGCAGGCAAGCAUCAUGAUGAAAAUGUGAUGCUUUUCAGCAGAUAGACUUGAUGAAAUGCAUCCAGGUGAGAUGCAACAACCUGAUGUCGCAGACUGCCAGCCCUGUCAGAGUGAUAAAGGGUGUAGCAAGUGAGCGGCAUGCUGGUGUAAGAUCUCAGUGAGAUCAAUGAGAUAUACACUACAGCAAUACUGUUCUUGUUACAAUGGGGACCCACUUCUUCUAAAGGUUGCCCAUCCAUCCUUAAAUAGCAGAAAGCUAGUUUUCUUAUAAAAAGAAUAUCUAUUUAAAACAGCUUUCUGUUAAGUGUUUCAGACAGACUGGUGUACAACAUGCUUUUUAUUUUGUGCAGAAUCCCUACUGUGCAAGCCUAGUAUAAUGUUAAAGAAAUUAGGUUAUUAAGUUGGGGCUAUGCAUAACAGGUCAUAUUAAUAUCUUUCAGAGCAUGUUAUUUUUAUUUAACUCAUCCUAAAGUUGUUGUUUGUGUGAUUGAUUGUGUGACUGAGUUGUAGAACGAAAUAUAUUUUUUUCAAAACACCUUACUAAAGGCUUCAGUGUAUUAUCUACAUGACAUGGUACUGAUACAACUGUUUUCUAUACUCGUGCAAUUUUAGUUUUGAUUACUUUAAAAUGAUAAUAAAAUUCAAAGUAUUUGUCA